AUGAGAUCCGCAUACCUCGGUCUGGUCUCAGCCUUGUGCUGGGCCGGCGUGCUCGGGGGCGCCAGCCCGGCCAACGAAGGGAGGGCAGACAUGGCCAUGGCCGGCCGCCGGCUCUCCUCCAGGGGCAGCACCCGGCAUCGCAACACCUUCAACGGCACGGCCCACUACGCCGAGCUCGGGCUACGCCAACAGGGCGGACAAUGCGGCGCCCAGGCCGGCCGGUGCCCCGGAGACCUGUGCUGCUCCUCGUACGGCUUCUGCGGCGACUCAAUCGACCACUGCCACCCGCUGUUUGACUGCCAGGCCCAGUACGGCGUCUGCGGAUGGCCCCGCGCACCUCCGGUCGCGACAACCACUAGCACUAGCACGACGCCUGCUCCUCCCACGUCCACAUCCACGUCCACAACGACGACGACAACCCCCCGGCCACCAACCACUUCCACCACCAGCACUACCACUGCCAGGCCGCCCACCAGCACCAGCACACCCACAGUCCCCAUCCCAACAGGCCAGGUCACCACCAACGGCCAAUGCGGCAACGGCACCAUGUGCAUUGGCAACCCCAACUUCGGACCCUGCUGCUCCCAAUUCUUCUGGUGCGGUUCCUCCCUUGAAUUCUGCGGCGCCGGUUGCCGAAGCGAGUUCGGCGCAUGCCUGGGCGUGCCCGGCAUCCCCGGCGGUCAGCCGGGCAAUGUCACCACCACCCCCGGCCCCGGCACCACUUCCACAACCACGACUACCCCACCGGUAGUUACUCCCCCAACUACCACCACUACCACCACCACCCGGACGACGAGUACCACGACGACGAGUGCAGCACCGAGUCCGACUGUGACUAUCCCUCCGGGCAUGCGGUCGAGUACGGAUGGGACGUGUGGCACGGGCGUGACAUGUCUGGGUUCACGGUUCGGACGGUGCUGCAGUCAGUUUGGGUACUGUGGGGACGGGGACCAGUACUGUCCGUAUAUUGUCGGGUGCCAGCCGGAGUUUGGGUAUUGUGAUCCGCCGCCUUAA